UUUGGUCCUUCCCUUGCCGCCCAGCUUUCUUUGGCACCCCAGCUCGAUCGAGUGGAGCUUUUCCAUCUUUCCUCGCCGCCAAGCGUUCUUCGAUACUCCAGUUCUUUCCUUGCCGUCAAGCGUAUCCUGGUAUGGUUUCUUGCCUCGAAUCGGGAUAUAAUAUCGCAAUCUACUAGCUCGAUCAAUUGAAGCACGGUUUUCCCAAGUGCCAAAGCUGUUCUUUCCCCGCUGCCAAGCAUUCUUCGAUACUCCAGGUGGCAAGAUGAAGAGACCGCCGAUGCGACACAAGGUAGAGCGACCGAAGAAAGUGAUCAUCGUUGAGGAAGGGAUGGGGAGAAGAUUUGUGAAUCUCAAGGAAGUACCUACUGCUCCUCCGCUUGAGGUUCUUGUCAUUCUCCAGAUGAUAGAGCUUGGCAUCAUCGAACGAGAUAUUUGGCAUCCAAUUCUUUCAAGUUUUGGAGAGAACGUACCACCAGCCGGGCACGAGUUUUGGGUGGCUUUGUGCGAGCUGGCUAAGAAUAUUUCGCGAUGGAAGAUUGUGCGAUGACCACUGUUAGAGCGCAGGCUCCACUUGUACGAGGUUAUAUGGCAAUGCUUCCAAAAGCUCUUGUCUCUCUUAUGCAAGAAGCUGGAUGCCGGGAUAAGGAAUUCUGGCCAGAUGACUACAAGCUGGUUGACAUUGCAAAACGGAUGUGUGACAAAUAUGAUGCAAUGAUCCCCCCUGAAAUUGCUGUUCAGCCAAAACAUGUGGAGGAGGAAGACUUCACAGCAAAAGAGUACCCCUACAGAGCUUGUAAGAUACUUCGAGGUUUUCUGGGGGAGAGGACGAUCCAGCUACAUGUUCCACAACCGGAAACGGCUUUUUACGACGACAAGUACCUCACGACUACACCUCUAGAAGAUUUCUCAGGUGUCCGGACUGAAGUACCGGUUGCUCUUAAGCUUGAUGACGAGAAUCUGGAAGCCUUGGAGGAUCUCCUUAGUUAUACAAUAUGGAGUUUCAGGGAGGGUCUUCCAAUUUUGGUUCCACAUCUUCACGCACUUUGAGCAAUGCAAUUGAAGCAUUGGCCUCGAGGCGUUAGCAUCUUGGGAAAACAAGCCGUGGAAAAAAAAUCACAUUUUAGAAGAGAGGGGCAGGUUAACUGCGGGAACGAUAGUUCACACCAGUUGGAAUUAAGUAUCAUAUAUAUGGUACGAACAUCACUGGCCUCUGGAGGUUUGGAUCAAUUGUUUCUCUUAGUGGAAGCUACUAGUGAUGCUAACCGGCCAUCUACUGUAAGUGAUGGUUUCUUUUGGUUUGCUUCUUUGUUUCUCCAGGCCCUUGCAAGCGUGAGUGAUGGUUUCUUUCUCCAUCACUGUUGGAAGCGUGAGAUGGUUUAUUUCUUUCUUUUUUCCUUGGUUUUCCUUCAUCGAUGGUUUGGUUCUUUAACAUUGUUUCUCCAGGCUUUCAAUUUUGUGUCACUCAUUGCUGGCAGCCCCAAAGACCAGCGAAACUGUAACGGACCUCUUAAUAAGCAGUGCUAUCAUCCUCCAGGAGGGAGAUGGCAGCGGUGGUGCUGAGCUUCCUAAAGUUCUAAAUAAAAGCUUCCAGCUGGAAGAGUGCUCAAGACCUCAAGCAUGAGUUUGAGGAUGAGUAUAUGGUUUCCAAAUUGGACACACCACCUUUGGUUGUUCCAAAAAUCCCUUUUCAAUUGGAAGAAAAAGACUUAGAACCUAAGAGUUCGUUUUCUUU